UGGAUGUUCUCCCGGGGACAACAUGAGACGUUCACCCGCGCGACAGCCUACUUUCCCGGCAAAGUGAGAGAGACAACAUCGCUGCCUCCUGUUGUGGAUUCAUCAUCAAUAAUUCAAGUUAUUAUCUUCUCCCGCAUUGAGCCAGCAUGUGCGACAUAACCGAGCCCAGCAGUCCCACGCUCCUUCACGGCGAGUCUUCGGACGAGUACGAUCACGUGGACCGCUGGCAGAAGCUCCGCACCGCUGUGCGCAAACUGGACUUCUGGGAAAACUUCAGCGCCGAGCUCAUCGGGAGCGGUUUCUUCUCCAAGGUCUACAAAGUGGUCCACAGCACCAGUCACAAGGCCAUGGUGGUGAAGAUCUACAAGAAGGACGUGGACCAGGACAGCAUCGUGCGAGAAAUCAGUCUGCUGCAGAAACUCUCUCAUCCCAACAUAGUCAGAUAUUUGGGAAUAUGCGUGAAAGAGGACAAACUCUAUCCAAUAUUGGAGUACGUGAACGGGGGCUGCUUGGAGGAGCUGCUGGCCAGCAAGGAAGUUCUCCUGGGCUGGAAGGACAAGGUGGACCUGGCCUGCGACGUCAGCAGAGGAAUGAUCUACCUGCACUACAAGAAUAUUUACCACCGAGACCUCAACUCCAAAAAUUGUCUGAUCCGUGUGACGUGUCGCGGCCGCGAGGCCUUGGUGACAGACUUCGGUCUGGCCAGAGAGGUGGUGGAGCUGCCAGUUAAAGACGCCGCCGCUGCCGGCAGGAAGCUGUCAUUGGUGGGAUCUGCUUUUUGGAUGGCGCCCGAGAUGCUCCGAGGGGAGCCGUACGACCGCAAGGUGGAUGUUUUCUCUUUUGGAAUUGUGUUGUGUGAAAUUCUGGCCAGAAUUCCUGCUGAUCCAGAGAUACUCCCCAGAACUAAGGAUUAUGGGCUGGACGAGGAUGCAUUCAAGGAGAUGGUGAGCGACUGUCCUCAGCGUCUUUUACAACUGGCAGCCAGCUGCUGUAUGGUGGACUCCUUCAGACGUCCAGCAUUCACCGAGUUGUUGGACGGCUUGGGAGAAGUCGCCGAGAGUCUGGAACUGGAUCUGUCCGCCGCCUGACUUGGUGAUGAAACGUUGGAGCCUGGCGACCAAAUAAGUUCACAAUUUAGUCAACUAUUUGGGCUCUCUUAUUUUGAGCAAAGACCUUUUUAGUCCCGUCUGGAGCAGGUUUACAACCUUUUUCCCUGAGGCCAGUUUUUUGGUCGUGUUCAGGUUUGUGUGGAUUUGGUACACAUCAUCAGGAGGACUUAAAAAAACAGUCAAAUACUUAUUUCCGUCAAAAACAAAGUAUUUUAUAUAAUACAGUACUUCCUGUCUUUCUGUUCUCAUUUAAUGGCGUUUCAUAUUUUUGUCAACUCACAAACAUCAAAUACUCAUUGUGGUAACACUUUAGUAUUGGGAACAUAUUCACCAUUAAUUAGUUGCUUAUAAUUAACAUACAAAUUAGUAACAUAUUGGCUCUUAAUUAGUCAUUAUUAAUUACUUAUUAAUGCCUUAUUCUGCAUAUGUUCCCCAUACUAAAGUGUUACCCUCAUUGUACACCUUUGGACUGUCAGAAAACAUGAAUUGUUGAUUUUGAAGACGGAUAAAAAAAAAUAUUGUUAGGUCAGACAUAUUUUAAAAUACUUUUGUAGAUACGAUGUACAUACCGUUCAGUGCUACGUGUGCUGAUAUACUUUGUACAUCCUCCAUGUUUGGACUAUAUCUGUAAACAGGUAA